CUCCCCCGCAACCUUCCUAGACCACGCCGUCUCUCUCCUCUCUCUAUCUCUCUCCACCACUUCCCCCCCAAAUCGGAUCAAACGAAUUCGUUAAAUAAUCUCUAAAAACACACGGUGAACGGGAUUGAAGAGAUUAAAACGAAAACGUUCCGAUCCCGCGAUUAGGGCCCGGAGCUAAUCGUGUGAUUUUUGGGGUGUUUGGGGUUGUGAUUUAGUGUUAGGGUUUCGGAUCUGGGAGGAUUAGUUCUUCCUUGCCACACCAUGAAUGAGCAGAUGAUGCGACCGCCGGCGCCGCUGCCGUACCACCACCCGAUGUGGGGGGCGGCGCCGGCGGCUCCCCCGCCGGCGAUGGAGCCUCCGGUGCUGGGGUUCAAGCCGGCGCGGCCGGCGUGGAAGCGGUCGGCGCGGACGCCCUGGAAGCGCAAGGCCCCGCCGGCGGCGUCGGGCGGCGCCCGGUGGGGCGGCGCGGCGGCCCCGCGCAACACGACGUCGUUCCUGAUCCGGGCGAAGCGGGCGGGCGGCGUGGCGUCGCUGGUGUCGCCGUGCCCCGUGACGCCGGCGGUGCUGCCGACGCCGGUGCUGUCGCCGGCGCGGGAGGUGCUGGUGGAGAUGGCCAAGGAGGCGUGGGGCGUGGAUGGGUACGGGUCCAUGAAGGGCCUCAUCCGCCUCCGCGCCGACGCCGGGGAGGCCGCCGGCGAGGAGGACUCCGGCUCCGGCGAGAGCGAUGUGGAGGAGCACGUCGAGGUGGAGCGCCGCCUGGACCACGACCUCAGCCGCUUCGAGAUGGUCCAGCUCCCUGCCCCGGCCGCCCUGGACGACGACGACGACGAGGACGAGGAGGCGCGCGCGGCGAGGCUGGAGGAGGAGAACCUAGCCCUCCGCGAGCGCCUCAUCCUGAUGGAGCGCGACAUGGCCGACCUCCGCCGCCGGCUCCUGGCCGUCGAGGAGCUCUGCCGGGACUGCCACCGCGACGGCUGCGUCGUGGACGCCACCGCGGGCGCCGCCGGCGAGUCCGCGCCCUCCGAGAGCGUCGCCGCCGCCGCCUCCCCCGCCGCCGGCGAGGAGGCGGGCACGGCGGACGCCAUGGAGAACUGAAGCAUAGACCAACCGCUACCUGACAGGCCCCGGCCCCCUCGGCUGUACCGAAACUGUACAUACGGUUUCCCAUUUCCCUGUGCAGAUGUCGCGGUGAAGAGUAGGAAGCAUCAGCAGCAGCAGCAGAUAGCCUAGAAUUACUCUUCGUUGCAUCCUUGUUAGUUUGAUGUCGUCUAGCUUUGAUUUCAUCCCGUGUUCUUUGUAGAAUCAGCCAGCCAGCCAGCCCGGAGGCUGACGAUGGAAUGUGCAUGCAGGGACACAAGAUCCUGGUGUCCUCCUGCCGCCCUCCUCGGGUAGAUCUCCCAACUGCUAGCCCCCCAACUUCUUACCAACCUUUCUAGUGCAGUGCUAGUACCAGUAAUCUGUUUCUGUUGUGAAAAAAAAAGUGUGAUUCCAACAUGUUCUUUUGUUCCGUAUUAGCUGAGUGAUAAUGUUAGUCCUAA